CCGUGCUGCUCAGUCAUGGCCAGCCAGCUGCUCGCCAGCACACUGCAGAAAGAACUGGUCUGUUCCAUCUGUAAGGACAUUCUGAAGGAGCCUGUCACCAUUGACUGCGGGCACAAUUUCUGCCUCACAUGCAUCUCUCAGAUUGGGGAAGCACCAGACGGUACUCUCAAGUGUCCCCUCUGCCAGAAUUCCGUGAGGAGGACCACAUUCAGGCACAACUGGCUGUUGGCAAGUCUGGUAGAGAAAAUCCAAGCUGUUGAUCCUCCUGAGAUCCAACCAGAAGUGGAAGAGAGGAAAUGUCAGAGGCAUGGGGAAAGUUUCCAUUACUUCUGUGAACAUGAUGGAGAGUUCCUCUGUGUGGUGUGUCGUGAAUCUAAAGACCACAAAUUCCAUUCUAGUAGCUUGAUAGAAGAGGCUGCCCAGAAUUAUCAGGGGCAGAUUCAGUCACAUGUGCAGGUCUUGCUGCAAAAGGAGAAGGAAAUUAUGCAAGAGAAGAUAGGAGGGGAACAGAAAAUUGAUGUCUUCACGGCCCAGGUGGAGUUUGAGAGAAGAAGGAUCCUCAUGGAAUUCAAGCACCUGCGCCAGGAACUAGAGGAGGAGGAGAAUUUCCUCCUGUCCAGGCUCUGUUGGCUGGGGCAUGAGGUUGCCAAGGGUAGGAAAUUCUACACGACUUCCACUGAGGUGCAGCUGAACUCUCUCAGGAAGCUCAUUGAUUCCCUGAAGGCCACACAGCAAAUGCCACUCAGACAGAUGCUGAGGGAUGUAAAAGCUCUCCUAUGCAGGAGCAAAGGAUUUCGAUUUCUCAACCCAACCCCAGUUCCUGUGGAGUUGGAGAAGAAACUCAGUGAAUCAAAAUCAAGUCAUGCUUCCAUCACAGACAGCCUGAAGAAAUUCAAAGACAAACUCCAGGUUGUUAGAAAGAAUGAUAAAAGCAGAUUCCUCAAAGGCAUGGAUGAAAAGGAAAAGAAAAACUGGUGCCUGUUAGAGAAAAAUAAUCCAGACUCAUCCUCUUCAGUCUCCCCUUCAGCUUUACUCUGGGCGCGAAGCAGGGCCUCUUACAUUGAGGUUCCCCGAGACCGAACCCGCCCUGAGGACGCGGGGGGCACUGAGGACCUCCGGGCUGCACUGACCCCUGUGACCUUGGACGCGACCUCGGCCCACCCAGACCUCACCCUUUCCAAAGAUCUAAAGACUGUGACACUGGACCAUGUCCCUAGGGGUGAUUGCAGCGAGCCCACUGAGCCAGAGCGCUUCUACCCUUUCUGCUGCUUGUUGGGUUUACCUGGCCUUUCCUCAGGGCGCCAGGCCUGGGAGGCGGAGCUCCAAGGACCCCUGGGCGGGGCCUGCGUGGUGGGCGUGGCAUUGGAGCUCGUCCCCAGGCGGGGCUAUCUGCCACUGGAACCCUUGUCUGGCUUCUGGGCACUGCGCAUCUCUGGCUCCACCUGUCAUGCCCUCACUGAGAGAGGCACCCGGGAGAAACUGCUCUUCUGUCCAAGGAAAGUGGGCGUCCACGUGGAUCACGACUGCGGGAAGGUCGUCUUCUACGAUGCCACCACCAGCAAUCACAUUUACACAUUUCUCGCCUCCUUCCCUGGGCAGAUCUUUCCCUUUUUCCGGCUCUUGUUGCCUGGCACUCAGAUCACCUUGAGUCCCUAGAGUUCUUCCUGUGCUGCAGCUGG